AUGCCAAAGGAAUGGGGAUUGCCUCCCAUUGGCUUUAGAAACAUGUUUUCGCCAAAAGCUUGGAAAAGAUUGUUCCAUAAAUCGAAAGAUUUUGUUUCUGACGAAACUCAACCAUUUUUGAGUGUCAAAAAUUUGGUUAAAACAUAUAAUACCCAUAGAAUUGUUAAAGCUGUUAAUGGUGUCGAUUUUGAUAUCCAAAAAGGGGAAAUUAUUCUUUUGAUUGGGCCAAAUGGUUCAGGAAAGAGUACUUUACUCCAAUCAUUAACAGGUGCUUUAACUACAGAUAGCGGUUCCGUUUCUAUUUUUGGAAAUGAAGCAUCUUUCUUAGAUUUACAAAAAUGCACAGGAUAUUGCUAUCAGAACAACGUCUUCUUUGAUAACCUGACUGUUAGGAAACAUUUAGAAUUCUUUGCAAGGCUCAGAAGUGUCAAAAAAGAACAAAUGAAGGACUAA